AUGGAUCCUCUUGACAAGAAUAUUCAGAAAAUUGCUGCUGCAUACGAUUCUCUGGCUGAUGGUACUGUCGAUUUGGCCAAAAUAAUUGACCAAUUGGAAACUGCUAUUGUCCAAUACUACGACGGUACUCAGUUCAACACCUACAAAAGCAGCUGGAGCCAGUGUGUCGUGGAAUACUUUAAAGCUAUUGAUGUGCAAUUGCCCAGAUCCCCCAAACCGAAUUGGGAGAACAUAACCGCCAACAUCAUUGACAUAUUGGUCUCAAAUGGGUAUGAGUUUCAAACUAAAAAAAGAAGAUCAUCGGUUGCUUUGGAUUUCUCAAAAGUAUCAAGCCCAGCAUCAUCAACAUCAACAUCAACAUCAACAUCAACAUCAACAUCAAUUAAUGAAGACAUGUCUGUAAAUUCCGUACCUAUCAAAACGAUUAAACUCAGUGACACUGACAAGAACAGCAUCAAAGCAUUGUACGACGGCCUGGAUAAGACAAAGGUGUGGACCCUGUCUACCGGUACUGUCGUUGAGGAACAAAUGAAGCAGUUUGCGUUGAACAGAGAGCAUGAACAUUUGUCUCAUUCUUUGAUUCUUGAUGUCAAUGAUAAUUGUUGGGGACCCUACUUUACGGAUGCCGAACUAAAGGAGAUCAAAGAGUUCAAUGCUGUCCCGUUGCCUGUACUCCCUUAUGAUGUCAAGACGUAUUUGGAUGAGUUGGAAGCUACAGCAUCAAAUACUGGUCUCUACAACAAAGUCAAUGCUAUUCAGUUUGAACCAAAUACCGAUUGCAAAUGGAUCCAAGAUUCCUACAACAGCUGCUUUCGCUUGAUCAAGUGUGGAUUUUUCCCUUUAAAUGAUGCUACUGAACUAGCCGAUCUAUCUCGCUACGCUCGAUGA